AUGAAUGGGCAUUGUAAAAAAUCUGACAAAUGUCCAUUUCGUCAUUGUCAAGCAGCUGUUCAAACAGCUAAUAAAUGUCACAAAUGGCCUGCGGGAUGCAAAAACAUUCAAUGUAAAUAUCGACAUCCAAAAAUACAAAAAACUCCAUCAUCAGAAGUAAUAUCGAAGUUAGUUGUACCACCGGUGUCGACUCAACGACCAGAAGAUUUAAUCAGUUUUUUUUGGGAUAUUGAAAACUGCUCAAUUCCACGUAAACAAUCACCAUUUGACAUUGUGCAACGAAUUCGAAAUUUAUUGAUAGUUUCGCAUGGUUUGAGAGAAAUUGGUUUCAAUUGUUACUGUGAUUGUACUACAAUAUCGAAAGAUAAUCAAAUUAGUUUAUCGCACGCAAAUGUCAGAAUUGUUCAUGUACCGGAUAGCAAACCGGGUGCAGUCGAUCGGUGUAUAUUGUUAGAUCUUGAUCGAUUUGAACGUGCUCAUAAACCUCCAGCUACUGUCGUGUUAAUUUCUGGUGACAUUGAUUUUGUUGGUAAACUGAGUGAUUUGCGCCAUCAAGCUGGAUUUCAUGUUAUCGUUAUCCAUAACCUACCCGCAAAAGCUGAAUUAAAAGCAACGGUCAAUGCACAUUACGACUGGUCAAUGUUUACAAAAUCGGAAAUAAAUCAACAGAUUUCGAACAGCAUGGUCGAUUCUUUAUUGCCGACAACUAACUUAACUCCAGUUGCUCGUUCUAACUCAGAGCAAUGCACGAAGCAAAAAUCAAAAACGAUGCAUGAAUGUCCCAAAUGUUCAAACAAAUUUGAAAGUAUUGAUGCAUUGCGCCAACAUCAACAAGCAAAACAACAUUUCUUCGACUGUCCCGGUUGUUCGGAUGUAUUUGCUACCUCUGAAGGUAUAUUACAGCAUCAGAAAGCCAAAAAUCAUUAUACCAAUCAUAAAUGUGCAUUUUGUAGUGCAACAUUCAAGAGUGGAAGUGCACUAAAACAACAUCAAAAGGCAAAAUAUGGAAUCGGUGAUAACAGUUUACAAGCUGAGAGCAUGUUAUUAAAACUAUUAUCGACCUAUAAAAUUAUUGACUAG